AUGGCGAGUUACUUAAACCUAGACGAAUUCAGCGUAGAACAACUUCUGGCUCUCAAUAGCAUCAUAGAUAGCGAUGAUGAUAUGGAUACGAGGGUGGAGAACAUCAUAGCUGACAAAAACUACAGGGUUGCACCUGAUGAUAAGGGCAAAGAUCUCUUUGAAGGAGAAAGACAAUUCGUAGACGAAGUUGACCGUGAUAUGGAGGUAAAGAAACCCAGACGCCUUCCCCUGAACUAUAAGGGAAGAAGAGGAAUUAUGCCUACAUGGAAAUACUCUGACAGGCAAAAGGCAAAGGCCUUACUUGUAGAGGAGGCAUACCAAAGCUUGCUGUCAAAGGGUGUUCAAGGAUUACCACCAACGAUGGGAGGUAGAUGGCGCACGGAUGAUCCUCAGGUAAAUGAGGAAAUCAAGAGGAUUGAGAACGAGAGGAACCCUAAGAUCAAGCGUCCUAGAGGUAGACCACCAAAGGUAAAGUCUGACACUGAAGUCAAGAUUCCUAAGAAGAGAGGUAGACCACCAAAGGCAAAGUCCGAUGCUGAAGUCAAGAUUCCUAAGAAGAGAGGUAGACCACCAAAGGCAAAGUCUGGUGUCAAGGUUAAAAGGCAAACCGUAGCAGAAAGAUUCCUGAGUCAAAGGAAGGUAAAACUGUCAGUGCCUGCUGAUAGCGUCAUAACUCCAGCAGGUCCUGGUAAGUUCACAAUUCACGUGGAUCUUAAUAAGAGACCCGUGAGGAAAGCUCCUGAGGUGCCUAAGGGUGUAGCUCCAUGGAGACCUGUACCUAAGCCCAGAACGGUGCUUCCUAGGGAAAAACCUGUACCUAAACCUAGGAUUAAGCUUCUGAGGGAAAAACCUAAACCUAGGACUAGGAAACCAGUGUCUCCUCCUAAGUUACGUAAGCCUGUAAAGAUGCUGAGGGAAGUUAAGGAGCAGCCGGUAGUGAUUACACCAGAGGAACAUGAGAUAGAUCCGUUCGGUACAGACCUCGAAAAGCCAUUCCACAGGAAAAUCGAAACAGCCGCAAAUGGAGCCGCUGUAACUUACUCGAUAACUCCUCACUAUAUGGACCCCCUGGACCAGAUGACUGCAAGUAGACAGGUAGUGAGAGGAAUACUUGUGAACGAGCUGAAGAGAAUGGGUGGUCUUAAGUACACGGAAACUAUAAAGGUUAGAAUGUCAAAAGAAAUUGGUGACAGUAAAACCAAAAAGGACUCGGUCUACUUCAAAUCUAAAACUGGUACUGCAACCAACUUCGAGGAUAUCGAAAGUACAGCUGCUCAAAACCAACUGACAAUAUUGUCUAGAAUUGAAACCUUCCAAAACUUAGGUUCAAAUUGGAUCAUACUCAAUAUUGAGAGUCACUACGUAAACAUUGCAAUGUACAAACCGCUGAAGGGGAGUUCGUAUAUAAAACUUCCAGUGGAUAUUAGUAAUCCAAAGUGUGGGCUAAUCAAUAUGAAGAACAAUGACAACCUAUGUUUCCUGUGGAGUCAUGUAAGACAUCUGAGACCAAAAGUCAGGAGAGCAACCACUAUCACACAAAAAGACAGGGAUUUCAUAACAAACCUGGACUACAAGGAUAUAGACUUCCCCGUGAAGAUAAGUGAUAUCGACAAAAUUGAGAGGAGGAAUAGUAUAAACAUAUCCGUGUUCGGUUACAGUGGUAAGAAACAGUUCUACCCGAUAAGGAACUCCAAGGCUAAAUAUGACGAGCAUAUGGAACUUCUACUCCUGGGUGAUAGUGAAGGUAACAACCAUUACGUUCUUAUAAAGGAUAUUAACAGGAUGUUGCACAGCGUAAGUAAACAUGAACAUAAACAACACUUCUGCUUACACUGUCUUCACAGCUGUGUGAGUGAAGAGGCACUGGAGAAGCAUAAGGAGACAUGUCUGGAGGUAAACGGAACUCAGGCUGUAAAGCUUCCCAAAGAAGGGACAAAAAUCAAGUUCAAAAAUCACAGGAACUCAAUGCCUGUACCAUUUGUGAUAUAUGCUGAUUUUGAGUCCAUACUGGUACCAGAGGAGAGAAAAGUGGAGUCGAACAACCCUGAGGACAAAAGUAGUACAGACCUUUACCAAACACACAAGGCUUGUAGUUUUGGUUUGAAAACAGUCUGCCACUAUGAUGAUAAGUACUCCGGUGAGUAUAAGAGUUACCUUGGAGAGGAUGCUGCAUUGGUCUUCCUAAAGACUGUAUUAAAAGAGUCCUUCAGGUGUAGAGAAAUGGUUAACAAUAUAUUCAAGAAAAAGAUGGUAAUUACACCUGAACAGGAAUUCGAAUUCCAAGCUGCAAGAAACUGCUCAAUAUGUGGUAACGAUCUUGGUGAAGAUAGGGUAAGAGACCAUGAUCAUGUAACUGGCCUGUAUCGUGGAGCUGCUCAUAAUAUAUGCAACCUGAAGUACAGAAUUACAUGGAAAAUACCCGUGGUCUUCCACAACCUGAGGGGUUACGAUAGUCACUUGAUUAUGCAGGAGAUUGGCAAGUUCAGGAUGGACAUUAACGUUAUUCCAAACAACAUGGAAAAGUACAUCUCAUUCUCACUGGGAAAAAAUAUUGUCUUCAUUGACUCUAUACAGUUUAUGGCUUCUUCACUGGAAGCACUGGUACCUGAGGACUUUAAGAUAGUAGGUGAUAGAUGGAAGGGUGAGGACUUUAACCUGGUAACACAAAAAGGAGUAUUCCCCUAUGAGUUCCUAGAUAGUAUGAGCAAACUCAACACCGAAAGUCUACCGAGUAGGGACAAUUUCUACUCUUCACUGUACGAGUCAAAGGUGAAGGAAGAGGACUACCUGAGAGCUCAAAAAGUGUGGGACCACUUCGGAAUGAAAACCCUUAGGGACUACCACGACCUCUACCUGGAAACCGACGUUCUUUUGUUAGCCGACGUGUUUGAGAACUUUAGAAAAACUUGCCUGGAAAACUACAAGCUCGAUCCAGCACACUACGUAUCAGCACCAGGUCUAAGUUGGGACGCUUUCCUGAAACAGUCAGGUGAGGAAAUAGAACUUGUAAGUGAUAUGGACAUGUUUCAGUUCUUCGAGAAGGGUAUGAGAGGCGGCACCAGUUAUAUUGCUCACAGACACUCCACAGCUAAUAAUAAGUACAUGGAAACGUACGACGAGUCCUCCGAAAACAAGUACCUUAUGCACCUAGAUGCUAACAAUUUAUACGGCUGGGCGAUGUCACAGUCACUCCCAAAUGGAGAGUUUAAGUGGAUCGAGGAACCAAGCAGUAUAAACCUUGAGAACUACCUAGAGGACAGCAGUAGAGGCAUGGUCCUUGAGGUCGACCUGGAUUACCCAAAGGAACUUCACAACUUACACAACGGUUACCCCCUAGCACCCGAGAGUAAGGAAAUUGAUUCUUCCAUGUUAUCAAAUUAUGCUAAGGAUAUUGCCGAGAAAUUCCAGCUUAAAAUUGGAGGAGUAAAGAAACUCAUAACUUCACUGGGUCCAAGGAAAAACUACGUCCUGCAUGCACGUAAUCUAAAACUAUACACGGACCUUGGAAUGAAACUAACAAAAAUCCAUAGAGCCGUCACAUUUAAGCAGUCACCCUGGUUGAAGAACUAUAUAGACUUCAAUACACAGAAAAGGUCCGUUGCCCGUAACACCUUCGAAAAGAACUUCUUCAAGCUGAUGAAUAAUUCAAUCUACGGAAAGACGAUGGAAAAUCUUAGGAAAAGGGUUGACGUUAAGUUGGUGUCCUCUGAAAACGACCUCCUAAAAAUGACGUCAUCACCGUGCUUCCAGUCACAUAGGAUUAUGAAUGAUAACCUGGUAGUGGUAAAGCGAAUGAAAGAAGUCCUAACGCUAAAUAAGCCGUGCUACGUAGGAAUGAGCAUCCUGGACUUGUCAAAGACCCUAAUGUACGAUUUCCACUACAACACCAUUAAGAAGGAGUACGGUAACAGGUCAAAGCUACUGUUUACAGAUACCGACAGUCUGAUGUACGAAAUAAAGACCAAUGACGUUUACGAGGACUUUAGAAGGAUAGGUGAAGAGAAAAACUGCUGGGAUAAUUCUGACUACCCAAAAGAUUCUCCGUACUACUCAUCCCACAAUAAGGUGAUAGGUAAGUUUAAGGACGAAGCUGAAGGAGUACCAGUAAUUGAGUUCGUUGGUUUAAGGUCAAAGAUGUACUCCUACGUGAAAGAGAACGGAAAGGGUGGAAUGACCGCAAAGGGUGUCAAAAAGUAUGUGAUCAGAAAUAAGCUCACCCAUGAAAACUUCAAGAACGUAAUAAAGACGAAGGGAAGAAUGAGACACAAUAUGAAUACACUCAGAAGCGUGAAACAUGAAAUUGGAACCUAUGAAUUAAAGAAGGUAACUCUAAGUUGUUUUGACGAUAAAAGAUACCUUCUUGAUGAUGGAGUUACAAGCUACGCCUACGGACACCACGCAGCGGGAAAAAUAGGCGUCCAGGCUGUCGCUGAAGAAAAAGUGGAACUGGACUGUGUUCCUAUAAGGGUUGAAAAAUAUAUUCCCAGACCUACUCCUAAGGUGGUGAUUCCAGCUAGGAGGUGGAAGUUCAAGAAGCUACAACCGUUGAGAAAAAUUGUGUCAAAUAUGAACCACAUAGAAAAUAAUCUUGAUAUUCUUCCAAAGGAGUACAAACGAAACUUGAGAAAGUUGAUGUGUCUUAAGGCGCAGUCGUUAGGAGUGCAAGCUGUGAGGAGUACGAAGAAUGCAUCGGGUAUUGUAAUUGUUGGGUACUAGAAAGAGUGUAAAUGUUUGAGUAAUAAAUUAGGGGUAAACUCAACCGGAAAAUAGUGGUCUAGAAAGUUCACGAAAACGCGAACGAAAAACUAGUGGUCUAGAACCGGCAGUUCCUAUACUACUCCCAUAUCCAAAUCCAUCCCUGUAUGUGCAUCAUUUUGAAAUUGGGAAGCUCUUGAAGCUUCAAAACAAUAUUUUAAAGGGCAAUGUUUGGUGAUAGUGAGAUUAGUUCAGUUAUAUAUUAUCUAUAUUGUUUCAGAAUGAUCACCUAGUACCAGAAGCCAUCAAUCACACUAAAUGGCAUCACAUGUAUCGGGGUUGCCCCUGCCAAGGUGAGGGGAGAGGCACAGGGGGUGACCGGCAAAUUAUUGUGAUGCUGAAAAUAAAGGAGAUUCACAUGUUUAGGAAGGGAAUAAAUUUAGCUGGCUCUCUCAAGUUCGGCCCCUUAAAUUUGUGAUGCUUUUCCUGGCAUUGUUCAUAUGCCUUUAAAUUAUACCAUUCUCAUGACCAUUGCUCAGCACAAGGUGUUCAUUUUAAAUGUACCAGUCUAAUUAGCAGUUAUGGGAUCAAAUUACUGUUCUAAUCAUUCUAUCAUUUAUUUUCAAUACAACAAAGGGUCAUUGCAUAGAAUACAUUAAUGUAUAAAUUGAUAAAUUAUCUCACUUUCGUUGAUAAGUCAAUGUACUAAUUGAGUUGAUCACAAUAUACUGCACUGCCACUGUUACUGAAGCUUGUUAAUCCUGCCCAUGCAAUCAGAUACCUACCAAGUCCAUAACUGCACUUCUCCCUGUCUAUCCUUAAUAUCUUGAAACAGCAGUUUUGGAUACAUACAGUAGUCCUAGACACUCUCCUGAAUGUACUGUAAUUUGGGAUUCAAUGCAACAUCUGUGGAGAUAUAUUGGUCAAUGUAUUGUAGAUAUCCAGACUUCAAAUACAGUAGAAUAAUCUAUUUUCUGCAAAAAGUUUCAAUAAUUGUUUAUUUUUAUUAUUAACUGCUCAGCAACAAUGAAAACUAUUACCUAACACCCUUGAAUACUUUGAUAAUCUUACAGUAUUUAAAAAUUCAAACUGCAUUUGUCAAAAUGUUGGAUAUAAAUGCAUCCAUAAAUAUUGGAGUGACUAGCUCCAGAGAGGGCCUUCAUAUACAGUAACUCAAAGUUGCCCUGGAAUUAAUCCUGGAUUAUUAAAAUAAUUUAACUGGAAUUUAUGUCAUGGUGGUGCUGCUGGAAGGCAUUUGACCUGGAACAUUGUUAUAUUGAUUGGUGUUAACUGGUAACAGGAAGUGAUAAGUUACAGGAAGUGAUAUCAUUGGCAAUGAAUUAUAGUUUGCUUGAAGUAUUCUUAUCUAUUUUGCAUAACAAACACAACCCUGAUCAACUUUUCAUGUCAUUUGCACCAUAUUUUACACAGAAAAAAUGUCUGUGGACUGUGGUUUUGCUUUCAAUUAUUCUAUCAGUAUGUUGUGUACAUGUAAGUAGUGUACACUUGUAUGUAAAAUUGUAAAUUAUAGCUACAUCUUUGCUACUCUAUAAUCCUCACUCAAAUAGGAUCAAAUAAAUAAGGCUAGUCAAGUUUCGAUCUGAUAAAACUCCGCGUAAAAAUGUUUUCAAUUUAUUUUAAAACUCACAUGAUUAUGUCGUUCUCACUCUAUAAGGCCGAUUUUUUACGUUUUUCCCCCGAAAAUCCAGCAAAUUACGUUUCGAUUUUGAUGUGUGAACUUCGAAGAAAAGCUCCCUCAGAACGCAGGAAAUCGCAUUUCCGAGGUCCUAGAUUUCAAAAUUUCCCGGGGGACGAUUCCCCCGGACCCCCCUACAAAUGCGAGGUUUAGUGCAUCAGUCAACAAAACCACUGGAUCUGCGCCUGGCUAAACCCACCAAUUGUCAUUCACAGUUUAACACCCCAAGACGAAAUUUGCUGUUAUUACAUUUAAAUUAUAACAAUUGAAAAAGAAACAGCUGCUAAGGAAGAAAAUAAAGAUGAAGUUGUUGAACCUCAAAAAGAUAGACCAGAACCAGGCUGCUAUAGUUUCUUGGACCCAACUGAACAAGCAAAAGUUCAAAAGCUAAUGAUUGACUAUGCGAAAGGAGAAGGGAAAGAAGUUGGUGUUCAAACAGAACCAAGAUUUUGUGGAUGUCAGGAACAGCUUGGUAAUAUUAAUGUCAAGUUAGACAAAAUUUUAUCAGUAAUUAAUGUGUUGCAUCCGAAGCCAAAAAGUACCUUUAUAGAUCUUGAUGAUUUCCUCCUUCCCACUUCACCAACAGUGUCUCCUCCUCACCUAGUUUUGCCUCCAUCUGACCCACUUUUUGACAUGACCCCCCCCCCCCCACCCUCUUGUAUCCACAAUAUCUAAUGCUUACAGUGACACAUUGCUUCAACCCCAAACUCCUACACCUCUGACCGUGCAUCCAUUACCACUGACCUCAGCACUUGCACCCGCAAUUUCAGCCCCUGUAACCAUGGCAUCGUCUACCACAUCAUUGAUGCAAGCUCCUUCUUCUGCAGACCCAACUCCCGUAAACAUGAUGCCAGUUCCUCAAUCAAAAACUCCCACUCAUGCAUCAAUGACUUCAUUACCUGCAUCCACGACGGCAGCUCCUCCAUCUACCAUCACAACUCCUGAAUCCACCACCUUGUCUCCUGUAUCCAUUCUAGCUCCUCCUAUAACAAGCCCAGAUCCUGCAUCCCAGACCCCAUUAUCCCUUGCAACUAUGGUGGAAGCUCCUCUUUCUACAGGUACAUGCCCUACACCGCCCUCCAUAAUGAGAACAGCUCCUCCACCUGCAAUCCCAACACCUGCAAUCAUCUCUCCAUUUACUAAUGGCUUGCCUAUCCAUUCCACAACUGCUGUUUUUGAAUACACUUUUAAAAGAGUGCACGUCAAAGGAAAAUUAGGAGAAGAACCUUGUUUUCAAGAUAUUCAAUAG